AUGGUCAAGGAAGCAAGCAAAGUCAUCUCUGAGUUCAAUGAGCUCGUCAACAUGACCCCAGAAGACCUCAAAGCGUGGCUCGAGACAGAAGACUCCAAAUCAGCAGGGUGGACGGGCAGCAGUGGCGAUUCCGGUGAGACAGUCGGGCAUGAUUCUGGCAACAAGAUCAUCAAGAUCCUUGAAAGUAAUCCAGACAGGCAGGAAGACAAGUAUGCCGAGGAGGAUAUCGACCAUAUGCGCAAAGUGGUCAGUUACUGCAAGCGUCACCUGGCACAGGAGGAAGGGAUGAAGGAGCGCAAGUCAGAGGCAGAACUCAAGGAGACCAAGAGUUACAAGUCGCUCAAGAACUGGGGACAC